AUGCGUAAGAUGCUUGGUUUCCACGGUGAAAGUUGCUGUCGCUUGCUCUUCUUGCCGUGGCGCACACAACGUCCUCCUAUGCGAGCAGAGAUCGGAUGCACCAUAAUAGCAACAAAGUUUCUGACCGCCUAUGGAUGUUAUUCUACCCAUUCGCCCUAUUCUCCCUAUUUCACCCACUGCACCCGCCAGUCGUCAUCACUUCCUCCGGCUGAUAUUCUUCCGCUGACAUUCGACCUUCACGCCUCGAUCGACAUAUUCAUUUCUGCCCCAGUGCCGCUUUCGUCGACUUUUAUUCUGAGCGUCACCGAUUCCUACUGCACGCCACCUUAUUCGCUUCCCCUGCGAAAUGGUAUGGCUAGCAGUGCCGGUGGAGUUGCGGUGAUUGGUGGUUUCAAUGNCACCUUUGAUCGAGCCCUAUGCAGUGCGCCGAAGCCGACUGGAAGACAUGCUUGA